UUCAGGGUUCUCUAAUAAACUCUAAUUUGUUAUGAAAAUUAUAACACAAAAUGUGGUUUAAAAACCUACUGAAAUUCAGAGACUUCUCUAAAAUCUCAAACAGUUCUAGAAACUACACUGCAAUUGCCUCCGUUUUAGAAAAAGCCAAUGUUGGAGAACUUGCCGAAGUCAAGGGAUGGGUGAAGAACCUCCGAGUGCAAAAAGAGUUAAUAUUUGCCGACGUAACCGAUGGCUCCAGUGCUAAAAGACUUCAAAUCGUGAUACCAAAGAAAUUAAAAACAGACUCGUUAACGUACGGUAGCUCGGUGCACAUUACUGGCAAGCUGUCCUGCAGCCCGCGGGGGCAGCUCGAGCUCGCCGCCGACAGUGUUAAGGUCCUUGGGGAGUGUGUAGUGGCCGAUGGCUACCCCUUCAACCCGCGCACUACCCAUCCUCCUGAAUACAUCCGGCAAUUCAUGCACCUUCGAGCGCGCACCAACUACAUAUCCUCGAUCUUACGAGUCCGAAACUCUGUUACCAGGCACAUACAUGACUUCUACACAUCUAAAGACUACAUGCAUGUACAUACACCCAUGUUAACUUCAAAUGACUGUGAAGGGGCCGGUGAAGUGUUCAAGGUUCAGCCGGAUAAUGAGGAGACGGUCAAAGCCAUGAUGCAGGAAGGUAGAGAUAGGGACACUGUUUAUUUUGGCACUAAGACAUUCUUGACUGUAUCAGGACAGUUGCAUUUAGAAGCAAUAUGCCGAGGCAUGGGCAAUGUAUAUACACUUGGGCCGACUUUUAGAGCAGAGAACUCCCGUUCCCGGCUGCAUUUAUCAGAAUUCUACAUGUUAGAGGGAGAGAUAGCAUUCUGUGAUAAUAUUAAAGAUCUCCAAUCACAUGUGGAAGAGUUACUGAAAUAUGUAUUUAGGAAGACAAGAGAUACUAAUGAAGCAGAUUUGUAUUCUAUAGAUAAGGACAAUAAAGCUCCUUCAUGGUUAGAUAAAGAGUUUAUCACAGUAACUUACGAUGAGGCAAAAAUAUUGCUAGAGAAGAAAGGAAUGAGUGUAACUGAGGAAGGUAUAAAUAAGGAGCAAGAGUUGGCAUUGGUAGAGUAUUGCAAUGGUGUACCCGUGUUUGUGGUAAAAUGGCCAAAGGAUUUAAAAUCAUUCUACAUGAAGGAGUGUGAAGAUGAUCCAAACAAGGUAGAUGCUUUGGAUCUCCUAACAUCAAUAACAGGUGAGCUGGUGGGCGGGAGUCUCAGAGAGGAUAAUUAUGACAAACUAAAAUCCAAGCUGCCAUCCGACAGUCUGGGCUGGUACUUGGAACUGCGUAAAUUCGGCAACAUCCCCACCGGGGGCUUCGGUCUGGGCCUGGAGAGACUACUACAGAGUUUGUGUGGCGUGGCCAAUAUCAAGGAUACCCUACCCUUCCCUAGGUGGCCACAUAAUUGUAGCUUGUAAAUUUUGUUAAGUAUAAUUUAUUUCUUGUUAAUAAAUGUAAUCAAUUGAC